AAAAAUCGCAACGCGAGGAUGACCUCCACGACGACGAAAUCUGAGCAUGGCUCGUCUCUCUUGUCCAAGGUGGACCAAGUGAUGGCGCGCUGGAAGAAGGCCACCGCGCCAUUGACGGCGAAGACGAGCCACGAGUUCAUUCCUCAUGCCGUGCAAGCGCCCAAGGACGUGUUCACGCAGUGCCAUCCAAACAACCGCGCCGACUUCCAAGCACGGGUCGCCACGUUUUCGUCCAUCAACUGGUUUGCCAAGCCCACGGAACUGAACCUUCUGACUUGUGCUCGCUUCGGAUGGAUCAACAGCGGACCCGACGAACUCGCAUGCAAGUGCUGCGGCCAAACGCUGUCUUGUCGUAUCGAUUCCCGCCUAGGACCAGAGGGUGCGAAGAAGGUGGCUGAAGGACUCCGUGGCUACCUCACCUCACACCAUUUGGACACUUGUCCUUGGAAACACAAUCCGUCCCCCACGUCCUUUGCGCAGGUGAGCUUUUGGACCCACGACAGCGCGUUGAUCGAAGUCCACGCGGCGAUUCAACAAACCAUCGCAACAUGGCCACACCUUUUUCUUCCAUCGUCGCUCGUCCUCGACGAUUCGUUCCGCGACGAUCUGCAGCGACAGCUUGGAGUGUCAUGUGAUCAGGAACUGGAGUCGACUUUGAUGGCUCUGACCCGUCAAGCCAUCGACGCUACAGCGGCCACCUCCGAUCAUUCCAUCAAUGUCGACACCUUCCAUGCAGCAGGAGUAGUCGUGCCAAUUAGUCUCGCCCUAUGUGGGUGGAAGCCUGUUGGACACGCAGAUGGAGCGAAAGGCGGCAGCGAUGUAGCGUUUGCAUGUGCCCAGUGCAAUCGGACAUGGCAUCUCUCAACUACCACCGCCGACAAGGCGCUUCCAUCAAAGGACGCGUCGGAGCCCGCCCCCAAACGUCUCAAGGCGACUGCUGCUCACGUCACCCUGCACCCCCUUGACGAACAUCGAUGGUAUUGUCCCUGGGUUCGAACGGUACUGCCCAGUGAACGCUCGGACGACAAUAUCGAUGUACCAGGAUGGCUGCAAUGCGCGCAGGCGGUCAAGGCGACGUAUGUGACCAAAACUGACGUUUCUACGGAAGAACUGCCCACAGACGAGAACGAUCAAGUAGAUUCACAAUGUGGUAUUAGUCGGAUGGUAGAAGGUGGCAUCGCGCCACAUCCGUCGACCGUGCUCUCGGCGGUACAAGCGCUGUUGGACUUUGCCUAAUACAGUAGCGUUGGUAUAACGACACAGACGAGGGGAUGGUGUUGCUUUUUAUCGUUGAAGAUAUGCAUUGGUGUUGGGUUCAGGGGGAAAGUCGACGGCUUUGAAAUACGCUUGGGAUUCUAGGAACUCUUCGAGGUGAUCCAGGUAGCGAAGGCGGCGCAGACGCGUGUGCCGCUGGAACUCGCUUUCGUCCUCUUGAUUCUCGUGUUUUAUACAGUGGAGACUACCGCUGGUGUCCACCGUGAUGCGCUGGCGUUUGGAUCGGAAGGAUGGCGGCGGGGACUCCAUGACGAUGGUGUAGUUUGGAG